UCAAGUGGUGGAGUGUUAGUGUUGAGCAAAACUGCUCAGGGGUAGUGUCCAAGCCUCAAGACAGGCAUAAUUUAAAAAGAAAAAGGUACAAAAUUGCAGUUCUGUAGAAUGCAGAAGUCUAGAGGUUUGAUGUAAACAGGCUGAUGUGAGGAGACCAAGAUAUGGAAAGUUGAGAUGUCCAUUCUAUGGUGCUGACCUUGCUCCUAUAUCAUUCUCAAGACAAAGCCAGGAAGUCAGGUGUUCAGCUCUUCUCCACAAUGAAUGAGUGUCACUAUGAUAAACACAUGGACUUUUUCUAUAAUAAGAGCAAGUCUGACACUGCGGAUGAGUGGACAGGAGCAAAGUUUAUGAUUGUUUUGUGUGUUGGAACAUUUUUCUGCCUGUUUAUUUUUUUUUCCAAUUCUCUUGUUAUCGCAGCAGUGAUCAAAAACAAAAAAUUUCAUUUCCCCUUCUACUACUUGUUGGCUAACUUAGCCGCUGCAGAUUUCUUUGCUGGAAUUGCCUAUGUAUUCCUGAUGUUUAACACUGGCCCAGUUUCAAAAACUUUGACUGUCAACCGCUGGUUUCUCCGCCAGGGGCUUCUGGACACAAGCUUGACUGCCUCCCUGACCAAUUUGCUGGUUAUUGCUGUGGAGAGACACAUGUCAAUCAUGAGGAUGCGAGUCCACAGCAACUUGACCAAAAAGAGAGUGACAUUGCUCAUUCUGUUUGUGUGGGCCAUCGCCAUUUUCAUGGGGGCGGUCCCUACUCUGGGCUGGAAUUGUGUCUGCAACAUUUCUGCCUGCUCUUCCCUGGCCCCCAUUUACAGCAGGAGUUACCUCAUUUUCUGGACAGUGUCCAACCUCAUGGCCUUCUUCAUCAUGGUGGUAGUAUACCUGCGGAUCUACAUGUAUGUCAAGAGGAAGACCAAUGUCUUGUCCCCCCACACAAGUGGGUCCAUCAGCCGCCGGAGGGCACCCAUGAAACUAAUGAAGACUGUGAUGACUGUCUUAGGCGCAUUCGUGGUGUGCUGGACCCCAGGCCUGGUGGUGCUGCUCCUGGAUGGCCUGAACUGCACACAGUGUGGUGUGCAGCAUGUGAAACGCUGGUUCCUGCUUCUGGCGCUGCUCAACUCAGUCAUGAACCCCAUCAUUUACUCCUACAAGGAUGAAGAUAUGUACAGCACCAUGAAAAAGAUGAUCUGUUGCUUCACUCAGGAGAACACUGCAGAAAGACGCCCCUCUCGCGUCCCCUCCACCGUCCUCAGCAGGAGUGACACAGGCAGCCAGUAUAUGGAAGAUAGUAUUAGCCAAGCCACCAUCUGCAAUACAAACAGCUCCUAGGCUGUGGAUACCUCUCCCAUUGCUGACCCAGGCGUCCCCUGGGGAAAGAGCUGUUAAAAAUCAUUACCUGUCUCUAACAGAUGCCCAUGUACAGUGUUAUUUGAGAUCUGAAUGAAUCACUGCUAGGUUUUGCAGUUUGGUGGUGGUUGUUGUUUUACCAGUUUAAAAGCCUGGGCAGUAAAGAGAACAUAGUUCAUUUGGUGAAAAUGCAGAGAGAGAAGAAAGGGAGACAGUACAGUGAAUGGAUUGCUGCUUAGUUUCCUGGGAACUGCCCAGAGAAUUGCCAGCCGGCUGGGCAUGCCAGGCUCUGCUGCCAGCUUGUAGCAAUUUUUCUGUUUCAAGAGAUGUCAGAGGUCUUAGGCCAGAAUAAAUAAUGAGUGAUGUUACUUGAGCCACCUUAUGUAGCUGCUAGGAAAACCUAUGUAAUUUUUUUCUUCAUGCAUCUAAACAGUUCAGAAAUAUUUCAGUAGUAGUAUGCUUCUACUGAAGAAAUACUAAGUAUUUUUUCCCUUGUAAAAACCAUGGCAAGUAGAUGGGUGUUCAAUAGGAAUCCAAGAAUAACAAAUUACUAAGGAUUCCAGAAUAAACCUGAUUUUUCCCCCAAAGGAGUGUCUGAGAAAACAUACAAAUAAUAACUUAUAUAAUAAUAAUAACUUUACUUAAAACAAUAACAAAAUAGUGAAGAUUUAAAACCUCACUUAGGGCAAAAUCCUUCACAUGGUCCUCUUAUGUAAACAGAUGUGUAUGUGUAUAGGGACAUCUACUGAUGGAUUUGAACCUUGCAAUUCAAGACUCCAAGAACAGUGAUGGUGAGCUAGACUUCUGCCACCCAAACCCUCCAGUCUUGAACAAUAGUUAUAGAAAUGAUCAGUUGUGCUCUACAGAAAAAAAAAAGGUAACGAAAUGUUCACUUUUAAACAGACAUUUUUAAUAGCAAAAUAAAAAUACAUAUUGAUAAGCCGGCUGAAUUCUUUCUAUAUAAGAUCAAAUAUGGGUCCUUAACUUCAGGUAUCUCCACACUACUGAUAGGUUGUUGGCUUUCUUAUGUGGAACAAUUUCACAUCUCGUAUUUUUGCCCAAGGUUCUCCGCAUACUUCAUACAUGUCUUGUGGACUGAAUUUUGAACUAGGUCUUUUGAAUUUUUCUCCUUCAAAGACCUAGAUAAGCAACCUGAAAGGCAAAUGAGUAAGAAAAGAAAAAUAAUAUUUCAUAGACAUAGGCUACUGACUAAAGUUAUCUAUGUAAUACUUUUAGCAUAUAUUCUGAUUUAAAAUAAUAAUAACUUCAGGGCAGAUAAUAUAGUAUUUAUGUAGUCUGCAAACGAAGUUUACAAUUUUUUUGCUAUUGUAAUAUAACCUUCAUGUGCAAGAACUACUUGUAAUAAAACAAUUUCAGAAGUCAUGCUUUUAGAUAUAAUAGCCUAAAAUAGAGUAUUAUGAUUGGAAGAUGUAGAGUUCACCUGUGUCUACCUGAAGCGUAUAUCAAAUCCACCUAUAAAAUAAAAUUU